CUCAAGCCCCCGGCCGAUUACCGAAGAAUAGCGGUCGUUAAAUAUUCAUCCGCCGUUCCCGGUGGUACACUUUUCCUCCGCACUGACCGACCCCUUGCUGCUCCUCCGGCAGGGCUCGGAGCAGCAUAUGUGAGGAAUUGUGUUGGAAGUCCUAAGGAUUAAGCAAAUGUAAACGGGGUUGCAGUUUUUUUUUUAGGGUUACUUUUUUGUCUUUUUUGACCUAAAAGAGGAUGGAGAAACGAGACUACGGAGCUCCAGUGACGUGAGCAAGCAUGUCUGGUGUGCCGGAGGAGAGGAGCCUUCAUGGGGACCAGAUUUGGGCAGAGGACGACUGCUUUGGCAAGGUGGACCUGUCCCCACACAGACUCUGAACCUGCAUAUAGUGCUGGCACAAAAUCCACGAGACAUAUCUAAGCCAAGCAAUCUUUUAAGGGUUUACUGCGUUGCAUCCUGACGGGAGGGCAUGGUAUGUUCCUAACUACUGGUCAAAAUGCCCGGAAAGAAAGACCCCAAGAAGGACGCAAAGAAGGGUGGAAAAUCUGAACCAGAGAAAAAGAAAGAGGAGGAAAAGAAAGGGAAGGAUGAUAAAAAGCAGGGAAAGGAUGAUAAGAAAACCAGCAAGGAUGAUAAGAAAGGUGGAAAGGAUGAUAAGAAAGGUGCAAAGGAUGAUAAAAAAGGGGGGAAGAAGGGAAAGGAGAAGGAGGAACCACCUAAGGGGAAAGGUGAUGGAAAGAAGGGAAAAGACAAAGGGAAAGGUAAGAAAGUUGAGUCUGAGGAGGAAGCAGAGGAGCUCCUGAGUGAUGAAGAAGAGGAGGAAGAAUUAAGUGAAGAGGAAGAUGAAGAGGAAGAUUCAGAAGAUGACAGGACAAGGAAGAGACGAGGAGGUAAGGAGGCUAAGGGAAAGAAAGGGGGAAAGUCUAGACGUGGGGAGUACUCAGAAGAAGAAGAUGAAGAGGAGGAUGAAGAUGAAGAAGCGGAUGACGACGAGUAUGACGAGGAUUACGUCAAAUCCAAAAAGAAAUCUAAAGAUGAACACCACCAUAAAGGAGAGAAAUAUGAUGCUGAUGCAAAGAAAAAGAAAGGGAAAAAGAAAGAGGAAGCUCCUCCACUUCCGAAAAAGGAAAUCCCAAGGAAAGGUCUGAAAAACAUGUCCAGGAUGUUCAUGAAGUUUUCUGGUUUCAAGAGGCGCAGGAACAGCAGGAAGAAGCUGAAGAGUACUUCACGUUUGUUCCUGGGGUUGGGGAAGAGAAGAAACCGCCUUGCUAAGAAGAAACGCCGCAAGUCUAUGCUCAAGAACACGUCUCGAUUCAUGAUGAGGUUUAAGGUCAGCAAAAAGAGGAAAAAAGAGAAAGAGGCUAAAGAGAAGGCGGCAGCAAAUGGGGGGAAGAAGCCAACCUAUAUGCUGCUUCGUAUAGGAGGAGUGAGAGGAUCAGAUGAGAAGAAGGGGGGCUUCUUCAAAGGCUUGUUUGGAAAAAAAGAUGGUAAAUGGUCUGGUGAUGACUUCAAAAACAGAAGCGUGUUGCUGGGUAAAGUUGCAGCAGCAACUAACUGGUUGACCAAACGCUUCCUAUCUACAAAAAUGCGAGGAAAUGCAGGACACCGUGGCUGGGCUGGACGUAGAGCACAUAGCCGACAAGCCAGCACCAGAGGUUAUCUUCAUGAUUACCAGAAUGAUGGUUAUGAGCAUGAGGAACAGAUUCAUGGAUACAACCAGCAACAUUCAGCCCGCCAGAAAGGUUAUGGAGGCUAUGAUGAUGGUUAUGGUGUUUAUGGAGAUGAGAUAACUGCAGGAUAUGGAAGCCAGGGUCAGUAUGGUUAUUAUGACAAUGGAGCAGGGGGAGCAGAUUAUCAAGACCUGGGCUACUAUGAGGAAGAAGGACUCUAUGAUCCAAAUGCAGAAUAUUAUGAAGGUGAUCUUUAUGAUGAGAGCAUGGGGGACUACUACAACCCUUAUUCCUCUGCCCAAGGCUACUAUAACAGCCAGGAAGCUGAUUACUAUGGUUACCAGCAACAACAGGCGAUGGCAAUGUAUGGUGAUGAGGGUCUGGACUACUAUGCACUAAUGGAUGAGGACCAUAUUUAUGGGGGAGAGGUAGAUGGAUUCCUUGAUCCUCAGACUCAGGGUUAUUAUGAUGAAAAUAGUCAAGGAGUUUACUACGAUAAUGGACAGGGGGGUUACUAUGAGAACCCUUAUGCAGCAACUAUGGGAUUGCAAGGGGGCUUUCCACCAGACUAUCAACUUAGUUAUACUGAUGCCAGCAUGCCUUACCAAGACUACAGCUCUCUGCAGGCUAUGGGAUUCCCACCUGCUGGCCAGCUGGGGGGCAUGGAUCAGGUACAGGGCCUGUAUGGGGACCAGUAUGCACACCAGUUGGAGCAAUAUGGGGGUGAUACUGGUGCAGUUCAGGGAGGUGAUAUGGCAUUUAGAGUUCCUAGACCUCAAGUGCGUCUAUUUGGGAAAGAGCGUCUCGAUGUGCCUCUGCCUCCUCCACCUACUUUACCACCUGAUCCAGAAUUUGAAGACAUGUCAGAAAUCCAGUAUGAAGAUCAGAUUCCUCUUGCACCAGGACAACUUGGUGACAUGAUGUCAUUUCCACAGCAAAUGGGAAUGUCACCACAACAAGAAAUGAUGAUGUCUCCUCAAGAACAAAUAAUGUUUUCUCAACAACAGACCAUGCUGCCCCCUCAAGAUCAAAUGUCGCCUCCGCAAAUAAUGUCACCACAGCAGCAAAUGAUGUUACAACAAGAACAGAGUAUGACUGGCCAAAUGAUACCAUCGCAGAUUCUGUCACCACAGCAACAAAUGAUGUCACCACAGCAGCAGCUGAUGCCUCAACAAGUGAUCUCACCACAGCAGCAGUUGAUGCCUCAGCAAAUGAUGUCACCACAACAGCAGUUGAUGUCACCACAGAUAAUCUCACCACAAGAGCAGAUGAUGUCACCACACCAGCAGUUGAUGUCACCACAGAUAAUCUCACCACAAGAGCAGAUGAUGUUGCCACAGCAACAGAUGCCUCAGUUGCCUCAACAAGUGUUUUCAACACAGCAGCAGAUGAUGACAGACCAGAUGAUGAUAUCGCAGCAACAGGGUUAUGGUCAAGUGUCUAUUCCUACUCCAACUGCCAUGAUUAUUAAGCAAGCAAGCAUGUCCCCUCUUCCAGGACGCCGCAUACACCCCUCUCCUACUCCAUCUCGUCACUCUGUCAUCAUGCCUUCCCCACAGAUGCAGCGUCAUCCCUCUGCCAUGGCCUCCCCAGUAUCUUCUCCUAUGCUUCCACAAAGACGCAGCCCAUCCCCACAACCAUCCAUGAGGAGUGGGUUCAUUAAUGCCCAAAGACCCCCCUCUGUUAUGUCAAGACGAGUUUCACCUCCUUCCUCCCCUGUGGCUUCCCCCUUCGCCCGGCGUGGAAUGCAGCCUCAGAGAUCACCGUCUCCCCUGACUCAUGGACGCUCACCCGCUCACUCUCCCCGUCCCUCCAUGAUCCGACGAAGUCCUCCACCUUCACCAAGAGCAUCAGUGAGGCAACAUUCCCCACCUUCCUCACCACGUGCUUCCAUGAGAAGGCGAAGCCCCCCACCCUCGGUUACCACUCCAGCCCAUAGCCCAUUUGGAGGGAGAAAGAUGCCUGGGCGACCCUCCUCUCCCCUCUCCCCUGGUCAUGCAUCUCCCCCUCUCUCUCCACAGCUCAGUAGAAGACCAUCUCCCUCUCCUUCCUUGUCUCGUCACAGUGUAUCCCCCACAGGGCCCCGACCUGCCCCAUCAUCUCCCACUCUCUCUCGUCGCUCAACUCGGCUGCUAAGGGAGCCCACACCAUUGACUCGGCCUAGGAUGGGAGGGAAUGUUCCCUUAGGUACUGUCAGGCCUUCGCCUAUGGGUCUCAGAGGACGCCCAGUGCCCCCACCCACUCAGAAUGUGCGUCCAUUCCGUGCCUCUUCCAUACGAAGCAACAGGUCUUCUGUUCUCACAGUAGACUCCCUCCAUUCCUCCCCUUUUCAUUCUCCUCACAUGGGUCAUCGUGCUCCCCUGGGGAGGAGAGAAUCAGGCCGAUUUCCUCCUCGCCCGAUGGCUAGAGGACGUCCUCUCAUUGCCCAACAGUCUAUAAGAAGGAUGUCCCCUGCUUCUCCACAGCCUUCCCUUAAACACAUGUCACGUCCAACAUCCCCACGAUUCUCUCCUCGAAUUUCUCGCCAGUCCUCCCCACUCCUGCCCCCUCAAGCUGUCCACCCACCACCAUAUGCACCAGACAUCGAUGCAUUUGAUCCCUAUACUGAUCCUUAUGCUGAACACUCACAUCAGUUUGUUGCCCCCUCUUCUCCAAUGUUAUCCAGUGCUCUGCAGAAUCAGGCUAUUCGACAGGCCUCUUUCAGUUCCCCCCUUGGCCCAGAGCCAGCCCAGGUGGUUGGUAUGGGUGAGAUGGCCACUGAAUAUAUACAGCCAUAUGCGCCCUCCUCACCUUCACUUUCUGGUGCAAUGCAAAAUCAGGCCAUUCGGGAGGCGUCCUACGUUUCCUCACUGCAAAGACCAACAUCCCCCUAUGAGCAGCCUAUUCCCCCUUCCUCCCCAAUGCUGUCUGGAGCUCUGCAAAACCAAGCAGUGAGAGAAGCCUCCUAUGUAACUCCUCUUCAAAGGCCUCAGUCCCCAUAUGCUCCAUCUGUACCUUCAUCUCCAAUGCUCUCUGGGGCCAUGAAACAUGGCCAUGCACUAAGAGGUGUGGCUUCUUAUCAGACUCCACAUCUCCGUUCACCUUAUGGACCAACUGUUGUUACUCCAUAUGAUUAUAUCUCUGAGCCUGGCCCGGCACCACUGCUUCAUGAUGCUCUACAAAACCGGUCUGGUUUGCAGAAGGUCUCAUCUUUAAGAUCUCCUAUGAUGCAACGCCGUAACCCUUACGCACCAGCUGGACCUCAGCUCCACAGUGCUCUUCAACGGAACCCAAACCUCCGCCAGGCAUCUUAUCAGACACCUAUGCAACUCAGACGGUCCCCAUAUGGACCCUCACCACCCUCUACACCAAUGUUAGGAAGCGCCCUACAAAACCCACAGCUGAUGCAGGCAUCAUACCGUCUGCCGAAUGGGACCUUGGUGUCACCAUAUGCAGAUCCACGUUCCUCACCGUUGCUCGGCCAUGCCUUGCAAAACCAACAAGUCCGUGGAGCCUCAUAUGUCUUGCCUGAUGGAUCAGUUAUCAGGGACCCACGUGUGCCCCAGAAGCCCAUGUCUCCUGACCUUUCUAAAGCUCUUCAGAACCAGAAUGUCAGGACUGCUUCUUAUACACUUCCUGAUGGAACCAUUAUAGACCCUAGACAGCAACAACCGAUUUCCCCAAACCUGGCUAUGGCCCUAAAUAACCCAGCUCUGCGUAAAGCCUCCUAUUCUCUCCCCGAUGGUACCAUUGUGAUUGACCCCAAGAAAGAGAAGUCGCCAAAUCUUGCAGCAGCACUUCAGAACCCUUACCUGAAAAGUGCAUCUUAUACCCUUCCUGAUGGUACUAUCAUCAUUGAUCCACGUAAACCUGUCUCUCCAAACCUCUCCAACGCCCUUCAGAACACUGCUCUGCGACAUGCCUCCUUCACUCUGCCAGAAGGGGUUCAGGACCCUAAUACACCCAUUUCACCAAACCUGGUUAAGGCCCUCAACAACCCAGCCUUGAAAGGAGCUUCAUACACUCUCCCAGAUGGAACUAUUAUAGUGGACCCAAGGAAACCAAAGACCCCCAACCUGGCAGCUGCCCUGCAGAACCCCUAUCUAAAGGGUGUGUCCUACACCCUGCCUGAUGGAACUAUCAUCAUUGACCCACGGAAACCAGUUGCUCCUGACCUGUCUAAGGCUCUAAUGAACGAGAACCUACGUAAUGCGUCAUACCACCUCCCUGAUGGUUCCCUGGUUAUCCCUGGCCAGAAGCCCUCCACUCCUAACCUUGCAGCUGCUCUGAGGCAAAACCAGGCAAUGCGGUCCACAGGUCUCUUUCAGCUGUCAGAGAGCUCUAUAUUGUCAGGCGCACCCAAACCCACCCCUCCAAAAAUCUCUUCCGUGCUGCAGAAUGAGGAACUCCAAGGUGUCCGUUACAGACUACCAGAUCACUCUCUUCUCGCACGUCGGUUCCACAACCCCAGCUUGAGUGAUGCCAUACAAAACCAGCAUCUUCGCUAUGCCUCAUACAGGGUGCCAACAGGGCUGCAGGGUGAGGAUAAUUGCUAUGCUGUGGUUCCGCCCUAUGGGCCACGCUCAGGACACUGGGCCAAGAAUGCCCAAGGAGGAGGGGAAGGAGGGGAUGAUGUUUGGGCAGCUGAGAAGGUUUUACCACACGGGACAGUCCAGAAUCUGUCAAAGUGGUCCAUGUACAGAGAAGAUGGGGUCCUAGAAGGAUAUACACCCACACCUCGAGUUGUGGAUGGACAGCCUCAGGACAGAGACUGGACCCCUGACAGAGAUAAAGUACCUGGUCAAGGCUGGUAUGACAAGAUCUAUGCUAUCCUAAGCAUGCCCACAACAGGCCACAGGGUGAAACGUUGGGCGGAGGGAAUGGAGGACAUGACACAACUGCCUGAGCUGAAUGAGACCACAGUUCUGAUGAACUUAAAGAAGCGCUACGACCAGGAACAUGUAUACACCUACAUAGGCAGCAUCCUUGUGUCUGCGAAUCCCUACAAGUUGCUCAACAUUUACGGCACAGACAUGGUGCUCCAGUAUGCGGGUCGCGGCCUGAGUGACAACCCUCCUCAUCUUUUUGCCAUUGCUAACAUGUCAUAUACCACCAUGAUGGAUGCCAAAAAGGACCAGUGUAUUGUGAUCAGUGGAGAAAGUGGGUCAGGAAAGACUGAGGCUACGAAACUGAUCCUGCGCUACCUGACAGCCAUACAUCACAAGUGCAACAUCACACAACAGAUAGAGAUCCUUGAGGCCACGCCCCUGUUGGAGUCUUUUGGGAAUGCCAAAACAGUACGCAAUGACAACUCUUCACGCUUUGGCAAAUACACGCAGAUCUACAUGGAGGAGGGUGUAAUCAGCGGUGCCAUAACGUCUCAGUACCUGUUGGAGAAAUCCCGCAUUGUCUUUCAGGCCAAAUCGGAGAGGAACUAUCACAUCUUCUAUGAGAUGCUUGCAGGUCUUCCUCCUAAUGAGAAGCGCUCACUCUAUCUGCAGGAAGCUGAGACUUACUACUACCUGAAUCAGGGAGGAGAUUGUACCAUAGAGGGGAAGGAUGAUGGGGAGGACUUCAGGCGUCUGCUGAAUGCCAUGGACAUCCUGUGUUUUACUCCAGAGGAGCAAAACGGCAUCUACAGACUGUUGUCCUCUGUCCUUCAUCUGGGGAACGUCUACUUCCAGCCACACCAGGCUGAGGGUCAGGAGGUUGCGUCGGUGGUGAGCACGCAGGAGAUCAGGGUGGUAGCCGAGCUGCUGCAGGUCUCACCUGAAGGACUGCAGAAGUCUGUCACCUUUAAAAUGACAGACACAGUACGGGAGAAGAUCUUCACUCCGCUCACAGUGGAGAGCGCCGUGGAUGCCAGAGAUGCCGUUGCCAAGAUCCUGUACUCGCUGCUGUUUAGUUGGCUGACAGAGCGCAUCAACGGACGGGUCUACCCGCGCAGCGAAGCUCUUUCCAUCUCCAUAUUGGACAUAUAUGGAUUUGAGGAGCUACAGGUGAACAGCUUUGAGCAGCUGUGCAUCAACUACGCCAAUGAAACUUUGCAGUUCUUCUUUAACAGAGUCAUUUUCCAGGAGGAACAGGAGGAGUACAUGCGGGAGCAGAUCCAGUGGCAGCAGCAGCCCUUCGGCCACAAUCAGGCCUGUCUUGACCUCAUCGCCGCUAAGCCUCAUGGGAUACUGCGCAUACUGGACGACCAGUGCGGCUUCCCUCAGGCAACAGACCACACCUUCCUUCAAAAGUGCCACUAUCACCAUGCAGACAACCCGCUGUAUGCCAGGCCAAAGAUGCCACUGCCAGAGUUCACCCUGAAACACUACGCUGGGAAGGUCACAUACCAGGUGCACAAAUUCCUGGAUAAGAACUUUGACAUGGUCCGCCAGGAUGUUUUAGACCUCUUCAUCCAGAGCAAGAACAGAAUGGUGUCCAACCUCUUCUUAAAGCACUCAGAGUCUGUAUCUCAGCAGCGGUCUAACGUGCGGCGCAGCAGCGCAGCUCGUCGUUAUCAGGCCAACACGGUCAGCGCCAAGUUCCAGAGCAGUCUGCAGGAGCUGCUGGAGAAGAUGGAAAGGUGUAACCCUUAUUUUGUGCGAUGCAUCAAGCCAAACCAUCAUAAGGAGCCAGGUGUAUUUGACAUGGAGCUGGUCAGCACUCAGCUGAAUUACUCCGGUAUCAUGGAGACCAUCCAAAUCAGGAAGGAGGGUUAUCCCAUCAGACUGCUCUUUCACAGCUUCCUGUCAAGGUAUAAAGCCCUGCUCUGCCUGAAGGAUCUUCCACCUGCAGAUGGAGAAAACUGCGUCAUCAUGCUCCACAAGCUCGGUCCUGUCAAGAGCGGCUCGUAUCAGCUGGGAGUCAGUAAGAUUUUCCUGAAAGAGGAGCUGUAUCAGCUGCUGGAGGGGAAACGUGACCGCGUGUUGAACAUCGCUGCCAUGACGCUGCAGAGAUUCACGCGCUUGUGUUUUGUCCGCAAGAACUUUGUCAAGUUCCGACGGCGUGUGAUCCUGUUUGAGGCUCGCUGCAGAGGCUACGUGGCCAGAAAAAAGUUUGCCCUCAGGAGGAAGUACCUCAUCAGGUUCCGCUCCGCCGUGCUGCUCGUCGUCAACCGUCAGCGUUACAUGAGGACAGUAGUGGAGCCUGCAAGGAAGGCAGAGGAGGAUCGCAUCAAUAGAGAAGUGGUGAACGUGACAACACUGCCUAUCCCUGCUGAGCUGGCAGCCUUGCUACAGGCAGCCUCAGGUGGUGAAGAGCUGCAUUCUGACUGCCUGGCUGUAGUCCAGGCUCCAAAGGUCCAGGUUGACCCUCAGCUGACCCUGCCCCUGGAUAUCAACAACUACCUCAUGACACACUACAUCCGGGCCAUAUUUAGGGAGCCGUUGUUUGGGAUGCUGACAGCCCCGUUGGAGAAUUCUUUGAUUCGUAUGGAUGAGGAGUUAAAACAAGGAGCCGUGAACGUUUUCGUUCUGAUACUAAGAUUUAUGGGUGAUCCGAACUUGAAUGGGGCUCAGGAGAAUCUGUUCGGAAACUACAUCAUCCAGAGAGGACUUGCCAAUCCCGACCUCCGAGACGAGAUCCUGGCUCAGGUAGCCAAUCAGGUGUGGAGAAAUCCUAACAUUUUGAACUCAGAGCGUGGUUGGCUCCUCCUCUCCUCCUGUCUCUCUGCCUUUCCGCCCUCUCAAAGGCUGGCCAAGCACUUGCUGAAGUUUGUGUCUGACUAUGGGCCGGAGGGCUACGACUGUGUGUGUCAGCACCGUCUGCUUCAAGCCCUGCAGCGGCUGAAUGUCGGGCCAGAGUAUGUCCGGACGUACCCGCCCUCUCUGCUGGAGUGGACCGCCAAUCGCAAGAGAGCUCACACCGUGCUGCACAUACACUGCUUCGAUGGUGUGUCCUUCCUGUGUCCUCUACACUCUUGGACGACAGGUGAAGAAAUGGCCAAAGACAUCUUGCAACACAGGGGUGUGGUGGAAAGCCGUCGAGGCUGGUCGGUGCUGCUGAAGGAGCCGGCUCAGUGGGUGGAACUCGAGGGCUCAGACUACGUUCUGGAUUUGAUGUCGGACCUGGAGCUUCCUGCUGACUUCCCCAAACACAGCAGCUACUUCAUCAUCUCUGCACAGGAACCCACCAGAGUGCGGCCCAAUGCCAGCAUAAGCCUGUUGGGUGGUGGGUUUGACAUGACUGAUGAUGUCAUAUCUUCAGCCACACCUGGACCUGAUGGACAAGAGUUGGAGCCUCACAGAGGGAUGGAUCGUUAUCUCGACAGCCUGUUUGACCCUGUACUGUCUGACGGAAGUGGAGAAAUGGAAUCAGCUGCAGGACUGUCCAGCAGGAUGAAGGGGGCUGGGGGAGUUGGAGAUGGGUGGAAACAGCAAGGACAGUCAAAAGGCCCCCCACCUCCACCUGGGGCUGUGAGAGUCCUUCCUGUGGGAGGCGUGAUGUCGCCUCCUGUUGCUGCAGUGGCACCUGUAACACCUGAUGCCCAGCAGGCUGUUUUGGCCCAGCAGCAGCAGGCCAUCGUGAACCAGCAGGCCAUCAUCAUGGCGCAGCAGAUGACCAUGCAGGCCAUGGCCAUGGUCGGCAGCCCAGUGACAAGCCCGCCCACCUCCCCGAUCACAAGCCCUCCCAUGAGCCCUCUGCUCCAACACCCUCCCAGUCCGUACGCCCCCACUAGCCCCUAUGGUGUCAUACCCCCAAGUCCGUACGCUAACAUCCCACCCAGCCCAUAUGCUAACUUCAGUCCCACUCCCUACGCUGCACCAGACAUCCCGCCCAGCCCCUAUCCUCCUCCUGCACUGCAGGAACAAACUCCAUCGCGGCCUCCAACUCAACGUCUUGCUGAGCCUGCAGGUCAACCUCAGCCUCGGGCCCUGCGCCCCAACCCCAACCCUCAGCCAAGCUCUACUAAAGCUACGCCAGGACAGCCUAAAGCCAGUGCUGCUGCUCAGGAUCAGUCAGGUGAGGACAGCGUUCCUCGGAGGAAGUCUCCAGGCGUCCCUGUAAACAAGGACAGUCAGCCAGUCAAGAAGUUUGCCCCAGUGAGGACGUCUCCUCCGCCCUCUGCUGUAGAGGUGGUUAAAUACUCAUCUCGGGCUACAGAUCACAUCAUCCCCAGUCAGGAUAUCCAAGAAAUCAUCAAAAGGUACAACUCCCCACCUCCACCAGCAGACCUGCUGCCACCUGGCAAGGGGAGACCAGAGGGGAAGUUUAAGAAGAAGCAAACCCCUCGUGAUGAGGCUUUACAGAUCCUCAAACCGCAGAUGGACAACCCUCCUGCUCCACAGGCCAAACGUCCUGUUGCCCCCUCACCAUCUGCAUCUGCAAUGAAAGAAGCCGGAUUUACUCCAAUCAAGAACACCAAGACGAGAGGAGCCAAUCGACCUCCCGCCAUACCUCCUCCAGUGUCUCGAGAGCUUCCUGUGGAGACGGAGACCAUCCAGACGCAGCUUCAUCAGAGCACCAAUGAGGAGCACUACACCUACACCAAUGUUCCCUGGAGACUCUACCUCAGGAAGGAGGUUUUUUAUCCCAAAGAUAGCUUCAACAAUCCUCUGGUCCUGGAUCUCAUUUUCAAACAGAUAGUGAACGACACUCUGUCAGAGGCGUGCGUUCGCAUCACCCGGGAUGAAAGGCAGAAAAUGAAAGCUCUUUUUGCUAAACACGGGGUUGAACAGAACAUGGAUCCGGUAGAGGAGCACGUGAAGAAGACAAUCGUCACGGCAGCCAGGGAAACCUGGGAAAUAUACUUCUCCCGUUUGUUCCCUGCAUCGGGCAGCGUGGGAACAGGUGUGCAGGUGUUGUCUGUGUCCCACAGCGGUAUUAAGCUGUUGAAGACUGUAAAAAGCAGCGCUGCAGCUCCAGACUACUUCAGAGUCCUGCGACCCUACACCUAUGCAGACAUCCUGUUUGUAACCAUCCCCUCUGAGAACAUGCUGGAGUUCAAUCUGACCAAUGAGAAACUGAUCCUGUUCUCAGCCAAGGCACCGCAAGUCAAACAUCUCAUUGACACGUUCAUCAGUGAGAUCAAAAAGGACUCAGACUAUGUGAUUGCAGAGCGUAACUUUGUGACAGAUGACCGCGCGAUGCUCAGUUUCCACAAAGGGGAGAUCGUCAGGCUGCAGGUGAUGGACGGCCUGGAGAAAGGUUACAGCUACGGCUGCGUGGUGAGGAAGAAGGUGGUGUUUCUGGAAGAGCUGAAAAGAGACACCCCAGACUUUGGUUGGAAGUUUGGUGCUGUGUUCAGCCGCUCCGGUUCAUUCCCGGCGGAGUGCGUGCACCCGAUCGCUCCUCCUGACUUCCUGUCGCUGCCGCUAGACCGCAAGGCAGAGCCUCGAGGCGGAGCGGGACAGUUCGCUGUGUCAUCAGCCGUCGCUGUUGCUGUGGCGUCCACCAUGGCUGCGCAUGAGAUAGAUCAAACGAUUGAAGUUUCCCUUGAUGGCUUUUCUGAUGGAGAUCUGGAUGAGAGGACGCUGCAGGACAGCAAAUAUGACAUGCUGGAGUUUGCCAAGAAGUACUUCAGACAAGGAACCAAAGGCAAAGGAGAUUCUCUGAAGAGCAAAAGCAAGAACAGAGACUCCAGAGAACCCACUGAUAUGAUAAAGUUCUCCAAGACUCCUCUGACGGAGUCUCUGAUCGAGUUUACAGACCCGACCAUGAACAGAGUGGCAGCAGAUCUCUUCCUGUCGGUGAUGCGUUUCAUGGGUGACUCUCCAUUAAGGGGAUCGACAGAGCAGGAAGUGGUCAGCACUUUCCUCAAGCUCAUAGCAGCGUUCACCUUGAUGAGGGAUGAGGCUUACUGCCAGCUCCUCAAACAGCUUACUGCUAACACCAGCUCCAAACCCGAUAGUUGCCAGCGAGGCUGGAGGCUGCUGUACAUCCUGACUGCUUUCCAUCGCUGCUCUGAAGUCCUCAAGCCAUUCCUGCUCAAAUACCUGCAGCAGGCCUCUCGCAGUGCCGGGGCUCAGUAUCAAGGCAUCGCUAAGGCCUGUGAGCAGAAUCUGAAGAAGACGUUUCAGUACGGUGGACGCAUCGUUCCACCCAACAGCAUGGAGCUGAAGGCUAUGAUGGCGGGACGUAGUUCAAAACGUCAGCUGUUUCUCUUUCCCGGAGGCAUUGAACGUCACGUGAAAAUCAAAACGUGCUCUGUGGCGCUGGAGGUGAUUGAGGAGCUGUGUUAUGAGAUGGGUUUGCACAGACUGGAGGCCAUGGAAGAAUAUGCCAUAUUUUUAGUGACCAACAGAGGUCAGAAUGUGCGUCCACUGAACAAGCACGAGUACAUCCUGGAUGUUGCGACUGAGGCCGAGGUGGUCGACACCAACUACAGCUUCUGGUUCAGACGAGUGAUCUGGACUCAGCCCCUCAAGUUUGAGAACGAGCUCUGCGUCGCCAUGCACUACAACCAGAUCCUGCCAGACUACCGCAAAGGCCUGCUGAAUGUUCUUCCACAUGGAAAAGUGAGCGAUCAACAGUUCCACCAGAUCUCCAAACUGGCAGCUUUGCAGCACAGAGCCAAAGACAUCAUCUUCAUCCCCAGCAUACAUGAAUUAUCGGAGUACAUUGCCACACCUCUGUUCAAAAAGCAGCCGCCCCAGCAGUGGGUUACCAUGGUGACACAACACAUGCAGCAAGUGCAGGCCCUGAACCCGCACCAGGCCAGAGCGCAGUUUCUGGGCCUGGUCAGUGCGUUCCCCAUGUUCGGCUCCUCGUUCUUCUACAUCCACAGCAGCAGCUCCACCACCUUCUACGCCCCCUGUAUUGUCGCUGUCAAUCAACACGGCCUCCACUUCCUCCACAAAAACACACACGAGCUGAUGUCAGUGGUCCCCCUGGUGGAGGUGCAGUCCAGCCGCACCCAGAGGCCCAAUGCUGGAACAAGUUACCCGUACGUGGACCUCACCCUGGGGGACAUGAACACACAGCGGGUCAUUCAGCUGCAGCUGGAGCAGGGCCUGGAGUUGUGUCGAGUCAUCGCCAUGCAGGUGGAAAACAUGAUGUCCGUGCGGGAUAAAAGGCUCACUCUGCCACCAAGCGAAAUCACCAUGUUAUGACGCGUGCCUAACUGUUGGCUCACACCCUUAUAUGAACACACACAUGCAUGCGUUAGACACAUCCCGUAUAAAUGACCUACCUCUUCCUGCCUUCAAGUGUUUGCUGUGUGCCGCACAAACACACACACACACACACACGCACUUAAAUGUGAUAUGUUUAUGAGUGCAACUUGAAGUGAGUCUCACUGUUAUGUGAUUAUUUUACAACAUAACUGAACAAAGUGCAUCCAGAAGACCCUGAAAGCUCAUCAGUAGUCGAGGUUUCGUUCAACUGAUGUUUCUUUAUUGUUAAAGAUGUUUUAUCUGUACAUAAGCGGUUAAUGAACUGUGAGGGAUCGUCACAGGCCUGCGCCUUGUCAUCACUAAAGUUUUAUAACUUUUUUAUUUUUUUAUUGAUGAUGUAAAACUUGAUGAUAGUGUAAAGAAUGGUUGUAUUUAAUCUAUAUUAAUGCACCAACUUUCUUGCUUUGUAAAAAAUGUUAUCAAAGUAAAAUAAGCAGUUUAAAGAGGGCUAAUGCGCAAUUAAAUCAAGGAAUCAACAGUGUAAUAAACAUCAACAAAGCCCCCAAAAUGUUUAUUGUAAUGACCAAUGUGUCAGGCAGUGCUGAAAGUUGUUAAUUAUUGAUUUGUUUUCAUUUCAACCAAUAAUCGCUUAAUCUGUAAAAUGCCUGAAAAUGUUGGUAUGUGUUUUAUAAGAUUUACAAAUGGAAAUACACUUUCAAAAAUAGUGCAAAAGAUCUGUGUGUGUUGAGGGAGUCCUCAGUUACAAUAAUACAAUAUAAGUAGACAAAACAUUUAACGAAAAUAACAACAAGAUAUUAUGUGUCUGACUGCGAUUGCGUACUUCUGUACUCUGGUUCUGUAUUUGAGACAUCCAGAAAUGAAUCUCUACAAAGAAAUAUAGU